UUAAUGACAUAACCUCAUAGUCAUUACAAAAGUCAACUAAGAUUUUUGUUACUAAAUGUUGUCGUUAAAUGACUCCAUUUACUGAAUAUAAACAGAGCGCAGCUUGUUCCAAGUAUGUGACAUCUCUUAUGAUUCCUCCUAUCAUUGCUGGAAAACCACUAUAUUCAUUUCUUGAUACAAUGGGAUCAAAAUUGUCAAGAUGCUGUAGCAAAGGAAAACAGGGAGAAGAGAACAAUAAUGAGCUCUGUAAUUCUGAAGACGAUUGUAAAUAUAGAAUAAAAGAGUGUCCUGAUUGGUGUGAGUACAUUUUGAAUAAUCAGAUAAAUGAUAAUGAAGUUCCACUAAUAGGUGAUCAUGAAACUCAGGAGUCAGAAGGUGGAGAAGCUGAUUUACAAAGACAUCGAGGUGAUUGUAAGAAGAACCCAGGUCAUAGAGAGUUUAUACCUGUUCAUACAUUCAAGUUGAAACAUUUACCUGAAGAUCAUCAAGAUAAUGAUUUGUAUGAACUCAUUAAGUCUACAGCUGACCUAACAGUUAGAGUUGGUGUUACAAUGGUCAGUCCACACAGACCAAAGUUUUGGCCAGGGACAACACAGCCAUAUCCUUUUUAUAAGAUGAGUGACACACAAAGCUUAAGGACGGGAAGUGGGUGUGUGUGUUAUAUGAACAAAUCUCAAGUUAAAGAUAAAAGAAAUACUAAUUACAGAAAGUGUUGGUGUAGGAAAUGUCAAAAUUCAGACUCGCCUAGCAAUAAUUGGUGGGGAGUUUACGUUAUCACAGCCACACAUGUGGUUUUUGAUGAUAUUGAAGCCAGACACACAAGUUUAAGAUUUUUUUAUGAUAAAGACGAUAGCCCAUUGGUCAGUGUUGAUAAAGUUAAUGUUGAAAGUGUGAGCAUAAAUUAUGAUGUGUGUUUUUUGAAAUGUGUGACAUGUGACAAAAAUGUAGGAAAUAAGCUGUUUGAAAUGUGGAAACAUUAUGACGAUGUCUUUGAAAAAGUCUCGAGAAAAUACUUUGAACCAAGAUUGCGACUUGAAAUAGACUUUGAAGUGUUACAUCCUUUUGAUCGUCCUAAACAGAUUAGAAUUUUUCAUUUGAAAGACGAAGAAAUGAGCAAUACUGACAUUUGUCUUCCAAUAGAUUGUUCUGAAAGUACUGUUGAAGAUUGUCUAGACGUUUUAGAGAAACACCUUGAAAACAACCUUGUGAAGAAUGAACAAUUUUUAAGUGAUCGUGAAAAUCAGAAGUCAGAAGGUGUAGAAGCUGAUCUAUACAAAUACAUUGUUGGCUCUAAGAAGAACGCAGUUAAUAGCAAUUUUAUACCCGUUGAUACAUUUACUAUAAAACAUCUUCCUCAAAGUUAUCAAGACAUUGAUUUGUAUGAUUUUAUCAAAACUAAAAUUGACAUGACAGUUAGAGUUGAUGUUAAAAUAGAUAGUCUAAACAGACCAAAGUUGUGGCCCAAAACAACUCAUCCAUAUCCAUUUAAUAGUAUGAGUGACCCAAUAAAUUUGAGGACAGGAAGUGGAUGUGUGUGGAAGGUACAUAAGUUUCAAAAUGGAAUCAAAGAAAAUGGAUUUAACGGACGUACUGACUACACAAAGUGUUGGUGUAGAAAAUGUGAAGUUUCAGACUUACCCAGCAUGGUUUGGUGGGAGAUUAGAGUGAACACUUCAACACAUGUGGUUUUUGAUGACAUUGAAGCCAGCCACGCGACCUUGAGAUUUUUUUAUGAUAAAGAUGAUAGUCCAGUGGUCGUUGUUGAUAAGGUCAGCGUUGUAGAUGUUAACAUUGAGCAUGAUAGGUGUAAGUUAAAGUGUGUGACAUGUGACACAAAUUUAGGAAAUAAACUGAUGGAUAUGUGGAAAAAUUUUGAAAAUGCUUGGUGGAAAGUUCGAAACAAAUACACUGACUUUAGUUCUAAACAUAAGUUAAACUUUAUAGUGUCACAUCCUCACGGAUGUUCUAAGCAGGUCAGUGUUGGUCAAUGGAUAAACAAACAAAAAGUAAGUGAUAGGAGAUCUAAGUUUACUUAUACAACGUGUACAUGUCCAGGAAGUAGUGGAGCACAGGUUCAUUGUGUGGGGUAUAAUGAUUAUUUUUGCUCUGGUCUUGUCCACAGUGGAAGUUUAGUAUUUGGAUUAAAUUACAGUGGCGCUGGUUGGGUAUUGUGAAUUGUUUUCCUUGUUACUUAACUUGUCAAAGUUAAACAUGAAAAUGGCUUUAAUAACAUUUUACAAUCUUAAAAUGGAAAUUUAUAAAUCAAUUGUCUAUACAUUAUUGCUAUAAAUACAAUUUUUACUUUCUAAAAAUAUUAUAAUAUUUAUAUAUUGAUUUUCAAAAUACACGUUGUAGGGAUAUAGCUCAAAGAAAUAGAAAAAAAAAAUUUUAUGUUAUUUUAAUAAAGACAAAAAGAUUGAAAAUAAAUAACUCAAAGAUGUAUAUAUAUAUUUUUUAAAUGUUAUUUUACAACUUUAAUGUAAUGAAAAAUAUAGAUAUUAAAAAUUAGUAUGUGUUAUGUGAAUUUGCCGCUUGUCGUUUGUCGUAAACGUGUUAUAAUUUUUUUUGAAUCUAAAUGCAUUGGUUGUGCUCACAUUCAGACCUUCAUACAAAGUCAAUUUGAUUUUGAUGAUACUGAAUAUAUUUUCGGUUCAAUUAAUAUCACAUUCAAAUGUAAAUCAUC